CGCGGCCCGGCGGAAGGACACGCGCUCCGAUCCCGGCAGGAGGCCUCGGCCCCCGGCGCCAACCCCGCGGUUCCUGCGCUCCUGGGCGCCCCCUCCCCGCCCUCCCGGCAUGGAGUCCGCGGGGCGCGCCCAGGACCGGGUCCCCAGGGUGGACCCUUACGGGUUUGAGAGGCCUGAGGACUUCGAUUACGCCGCUUAUGAGGAGUUCGCUUCCGCCUACCUGGUCGUGCUCACCAGAAGAGCCAUAAAAUGGUCUAAACUUCUGAAGGGGAGGGGCCGCGUCCAGAGAAGUGGCACAGUGAAGCGCUAUAUCCGGAAAGGCAUCCCCCUCGAGCACCGGGCCCACGUCUGGAUGGGGGUGAGUGGAGCCCAGGCCCAGAUGGACCAGAACCCCGGCUAUUACCAGCGCCUGCUCCAGGGCGAGCACAACGACAGGCUGGAGGAGGCCAUCAGGACAGAUCUGAACAGGACCUUCCCGGACAACGUAAAGUUCCAGAAGAGCGCAGACCCCUGCUUACAGAAGACCCUGUACAACGUGCUGCUGGCCUAUGGGCGCCACAACCAAGGUGUGGGCUAUUGCCAGGGCAUGAAUUUCGUAGCCGGAUACCUGAUCCUCGUCACCAAGAGUGAGGAAGAAUCCUUCUGGCUGUUGGAUGCUCUCGUGGGAAGGAUUCUGCCGGAUUACUACAGUCCCGCCAUGCUGGGCCUGAAGACAGACCAGGAGGUCCUGGGAGAGCUGGUGAGGACCAAGCUGCCAGCGGUGGCAGCCCUGAUGGACGGGCACGGUGUCCUGUGGCCCCUGGUGGUCUCGCGCUGGUUCAUCUGCCUGUUUGUGGACAUCCUGCCCGUGGAGACUGUGCUCCGGAUCUGGGACUGUUUGUUUAACGAAGGGUCCAAGAUUAUCUUCCGAGUGGCCCUGACCCUGCUCAAGCAGCAUCAGGCCUUUAUUUUGGAAGGGACCAGCGUGGUGGACAUCUGCGAGAGGUUCAAGGCCAUCACCAGGGGCAGUUUUGUGACCGAGUGCCACACCUUCAUGCAGAAGGUGUUCUCCGAGCCUGGGAGCCUGUCCACGGCCACCAUCCGCAGGCUGCGUGCGAGCUGCCGGGCCAGGCUGCUGGCACAGGGCUGA